AUGGCGUCGAAGAAAACCCUAGUUCGCAAUCUCUUCAACAUUUCCAAAACAUAUUCCCGGAUUUCGGGCCUUACCCGAAUGCGUCCGACCAAAUCCGGCAUUACUUCGGACGCCGGAGACUCUGGAAUCCGCCGGAGAUUUCUCCACAAACGGGCAUUUUUCUCGCCGGAGGUAGUUCCAAGAGGAGGUAAUUUGCUGGAGAAACUCAGAGAACUGAGUUUUCCGAAUAAUCGAAUUCGUCUUGACGAGAUGUUACCGCCGCCGACGCCGGAGAAGACGUCUCCGGAUUUUUUCCCGGCGGUUACGGUGGCAGACGUGAAGAAGCUUAUGAGAGCAGCGGAAAUGGAGAUGGUGAAAUCGAGGCUGAGAGAGAUUGGGAAAAAUUGGGUUCCGUAUUCGGAGUUUGUUCGGGUGUGCGGAGAAAACAGUUCGGAUCCUGAACAAGGGAACCGGGUCGCGAAUAUGCUUGACGAAGCUGGCAACGUCAUCGUUUUGGGAAAAUUCGUCUGUCUUAAACCCGAAGAGCUAACAAGCGCCGUGUCUGGCCUAAUUCCGACACACGAGUCCACUCUCGACGCCGCAACAAGACAAGAGUUUGAGCAACUUGAGAUAAUAAAAUCAGAUAUCGACAAAAGAGCCGACGAUAUGGUACGGCGAGAAUUAUGGGCUGGAUUAGGCCUAAUAAUGGCCCAAACCGUUGGAUUUUUUAGGCUGACGUUUUGGGAACUGUCGUGGGACGUGAUGGAGCCCAUAUGCUUCUACGUAACUUCGACGUAUUUCAUGGCUGGUUACGCCUUCUUCCUCCGAACCUCCAAGGAACCUUCCUUCGAAGGGUUUUACAAAAGCCGGUUCGAGGCCAAGCAGAGACGGUUGAUUAAAAUGCUUGACUUCGAUAUCGAUCGGUUUACCAAGCUACAUAAGAUGCAUCGUCCGGACUUUGCUAAACCCGGUUGUUGA